UGGUGGAAGAGAGAGACGAUGACGAUGAAUCAGUGGCGUGAGGGGGCAAAAGGAAUAACGAAUUGACGAGGCUGCUGCUGCUGUCUUCUGUAAGAACGAACAAAACAAAACAACCUUCAAAAAAGCAAAGAAAUAUGAACAAAGGCUGCAGGCUAAAGGCUGCAGCCUGCUUCUUCCUUCCUUCCGUCUUCCUUCUCCCCUCCCGAGCCUCUGCAACUUUGGUCGGGCCAUGACGUUGCCAAUUCCUGAAACGUUAUUUCGAGGCCAAGAAAUAACCCACCCCGUCUAUAAGAACCACCCGGUGACCCCUCACUGGCCUUCACCAGAUCAAUAGAAUGGGAAGCAGGCGGCCUGAACACGGCGGAGCCACGGGGGUGCGGCUGCCUGAGAUAUCUCCUGAGCCUCUGGAAUUUUUGGCCAGGUCGUGGAGCGCCUCUGCCCUCCAAGUCUCCAAGGCUCUUCGGGCCCCUUCUCCCGCCUCCUUGAGAAGUACUAUCGGGCAGGUUCAUAGUGCCAGCACUAGUUCUAGCAGCUCCGCCGACCAGGAAGAAGAAGAAGCCGCAGCCGGCGAGCCGGCGAACCAGCAACUCUCAUUCUCCUUUACUUCCUCGGCUACCUCCCAACUUGUCCUCGAACGCAUUAUGUCACAGUCUGAAAUAUCGCCGCUGACAUCGGGGAGGCUCUCUCACAGUAGCGGCCCUCUGAACGGUUGCUCCCUGACGGAGGAUAUAGAAAGCCCACCGCCGGUUUCCCCCUCCCACGAAUUCGACGACGUUGUCAAGUACUUGCGUUCAAACAACACACUGCAACCUCUGUUCACUGGCGGCCGCAAUGGUUCUACCGGCGGCGUGGGCGGAGUGAGCACGCCCAGUGGCAAGACAGUAGGGAGAUGGCUCAAGGAACGAAGGGAGAAGAAGAAAGAGGAGGCUAGAACCCAUAACGCGCAGCUCCAUGCCGCCGUUUCCGUUGCUGGCGUGGCGGCUGCCGUUGCUGCAAUGGCCGCCGCCACGGCCGCAGCAUCAGCGUCUGGGAAGAACGACCAGUUGACUAAGACGGACAUGGCUGUCGCGUCAGCCGCAACACUAGUUGCCGCCCAGUGCGUGGAGGCUGCAGAGUCCAUGGGAGCCGACCGCGACCACCUAGUGUCCGCCGUGAGCUCGGCCGUUAAUGUCCGGUCUUACAGCGAUAUCACCACUCUCACUGCCGCUGCAGCUACAGCAUUGCGCGGGGCGGCAACCCUGAAGGCAAGAGCCCUGAAAGAAGUGUGGAACGUUGCCGCAGCGAUGCCGGUAGACAAAGGGACGGGGACGGGGACGGGGACGGGAAUGAAGAUGAGUGGAAGAAUUUCCAAUGAUCAUAUCAAUGGAAACUGUAACAAAGGGGCUGUUGUUGAGGAGAAUUUCCUGGAUUCUUGUAAUCAAGGACUCCUCGCCAGGGGCGUUGAGCUUCUCAAACGAACCCGCAAAGGUGAUCUUCACUGGAAGAUAGUGUCAGUCUACAUUCAUCGAACAGGCAAUGUGAUGCUGAAGAUGAAGAGCAAGCAUGUUGCAGGAACCAUCACCAAGAAGAAGAAAAAUGUGGUAAUGGAGGUCUGUAAAGAUGUGGCACCGUGGCCGGAGCGGCUCUUGUUCGACGGCGGAGAGCAGCGGCGGUAUUUUGGAUUGAAGACGGCAACGCGCGGAAUCGUCGAGUUCGAGUGCAAGAACCAAAGGGAAUACGAUAUCUGGACGCAGGGCGUCUCGAGACUCCUCUCAAUCACAGCUCAAAAGAACAACAAAUGCCACAAUUGA